AAACGCGACAGCAGGGGAACUGCAAUGUCCGCAAAGAGGAGUACGCCUCAAAUACCUGCUUUUAGGCGUUGCAUUCGCGUCAUAUGCUUUCUAUAAGCAUGUAUGAGUAGCUGACCUACGAACGUGAAUUUGUUCUUAAUGAGCGAAACAUGACAUUGAGACGUUUUCGACUCGCAUUAAUACGGUCUUUACGGUAGCUUUGCCAUAAUAGUGUGCGCGCGCUCAAGCGCUUACCAAAGGGGGGGGGAGAAACUUCGAACCCGCCCGCAUAUCAAGGUGGUGUGUCGACGGCGGAUCUGUAGCAUCGACCGGAGGGGAGCAGUUGCCUCGCACUUGGCGACUAGCAGAGCGGAGCAGCAGAAACAAAGAAAACCAGGAGCAAGAAGAAGUGGCAGCUCGUAGCGCCCGUAAUCUCGCAGCGGUUCAGAUGUGAGGCGGUAGCGCUCACCUGCACACCGCCGUAGAGCCACUGGCACUGCGCUCCCGACCGUCCGAAGGCGAAGAGUGAAGACAAUCUGAGGCUCCGAGACACAAGUGCCUCAAGCACCAUCUUUCUGCUGCGCUGGAGCUUGACUCGUCCCCACAUCGUCACCAAUGCGACCAUGGGAAGUCACGGUCAAUAGGCGGCCACCAACUGCCCCCUUAAAUCAGAGGAGGUUCUUGGGGGAGCCCUGCAGCACCCCAGUGCUUCUCAGGAGAAGUCCUCCUGUGAGACGGCAGUGGGGGCGACGAGACAGACCCAUACUGCACCCGGGCGAGAACUUCCACCAUCCUCUCCUCUCGCAGCAGCAGCUUUCUGUAGAUGAGUCCCGACUGUACAGUCACACCAGCGCACCGCCACGAAUGCUGCACCCUGCCGCUCACCCGCCUCAGCAGAACGCCAUCAUGGUGGAUCUCCAUGAGCAGAUGCACCAGGGACCGGUCCCAAUAUCAUACACGGUUACCACGGUGACAACACAUGGUUUUCCUCUACACACUGGCCAGCCUAUCCCAGGGUGCAACGCUCAGCAGCUCCCAGCAUGCUCGCUCAUCCAGGCCUGCACAAUGCAGCACUUACCCAUCUCUUACCAAGCCUUCCCGCCCCUGAUCUCCAGCGAGCAUUUCAUACUUCACCCUCCCCCGCCGCCGGUGCCCCCCCACCAGCCUCCGCACCUCCCACCGCUAAGCCAGUUUGUCCCGCUGCAGCCGCAGCACCCUCGCAUGCCUGUGCAGAGGGUGGAAAACGAGGUGGAAAUGAGAGGGGAGCAGCAUCCCGUGGGGGGAUUCUCGUACCCUGCAGCCCAUCACCCACCAGCAAUGGCUCAGUCGGUGCCCCUGCAGUACCUUCCGCAGGAGCCCCUUCAUCAGGAGAUGCCCUUCGGAGUGCCAUACCCGCACAUUCUGCCACGACGUGUCAGUGGACAACGAUACCGACUACAGCAGCCUUUGCCCCCUCCGCCACCACCUCCAACCUACUACCCUAGCUUCCUGCCAUACUUCCUCUCAAUGCUUCCUGUGCCUCCAGCUGCAGUAGGACCUGCCAUCAGCUUGGACCUGGAUGUGGAUGACGUAGAGAUGGAGAAUUAUGAGGCGCUACUAAACCUCGCUGAGAGGCUCGGCGAGGCCAAACCUCGUGGGCUCACCAAAGCCGAUAUAGAGCAGCUUCCGUCCUACAGGUUCAACCCAGAAAACCACCAGUCCGAACAAACCCUGUGUGUCGUGUGCUUUAGUGAUUUUGAGUCCAGGCAGCUGCUUCGAGUAUUGCCCUGUAACCACGAGUUUCACGCAAAGUGUGUUGACAAAUGGCUAAAGACUAAUCGCACUUGUCCAAUCUGUCGAGCUGAUGCAUCCGAGGUCCACAGGGACGUCGAGUGAGUCCACAAGUUGUCUACUCAAUGGCGAAACAGCACAAUAAACGGAGUCUUUCACGUGGAGACUGGAACAGCCACCACCAGCCCCGCAUUCCCCUGCAAAUCGGAAAGAGACCCGUCCCGCCCUCCCCAUUGUGAGCAACAAGCAAUGUAAAGUAGGAUCGUAUGCGGGGCUCAUUGUGUCCCUUUGACGGAAGCUACCGCAUUUGACAGCCACACAGACACGAGUUGUCCGGAGUUGCCCUCUGCCUCUCGUUCGCCCUUGUAUCGCCAAGACUCCAAAGAUUUAUCUCGUAAUGUCCUUUGUUCAGUCGCAGCUUCAAGGAAACAGAGUCCCAUUUUCUUUUCUGUGUAGUCGCUUUUUUGUUCCUGUAGCUGGGAGUCAUUCCAAGUGAUGCAUAAGUGAUCCGUGGAGGAGUUUGCGAGUGCGGCUGUGGGGGUUGGCUCGUGCAGCCAGCAGACGUACAGAGAGAAGACUUUACGAAUGAACGUGGUUGGUGGCAAACAGGACCGCUGGCUGGGGCACGUCUGACCACCGGAGAUGCAUGUCUGUACAGGUGAUGGGGCAGCGUGACUCGUUGUUCAUAAUGUAUGUUACGCAAUAAUGUAUGGGUUAUUUUGCUCUUUCCCUGUUUUCCUUUCUUUUUUAAUAUACAAAUGCAAUUGUGAAAGUGUUGACUUGCUGUGGUAACAGGUGCAGUAUCUCUUUCAGGCCUGAGGUAAAAGGAAAACACGCUAAGGACUGAACACGCGUUGGUUUGCAACCUCCCGUAAGCUUUACCGCCCAUAGAGCGAAGCGAAGCACUUUGGCAGGCGGAGGAGGGACGUUGCGCAGGGACGCCACCUAGCCGCGCCGCCCUGCCCUUUAUCUGCCGCGUCGCUUCAUGUCACCGCCGAAUCUGGGGGGACGCUCGGGCAUUUGCAUGGGCUGUCGAUGUAGAUUAGCAAUAUUUAAAUUACGAAUCGCCGUGUUUUACACUGCUAGGAAAAAAGAAUCCUUGGUCAAACCAGGAGGAACCGUGUUCGACGGACGACCCCGGUCUCGCCAUUCUUUGCACAUGUGCGUUGGCCGUGGUGCCGCGCUCCGGCAGACCGUGAACACGGCAGAGCCUCGGCAGGAAGCAAUACGCACAGCGAGUGCCGCUUCUCAGCCAACGCGUUCAUGGUUUCUCCUCGUUUCGGAACCAAAUAGUUGACACGUUCAAGAUCUCAGCUCUGCCUUCUCCAGACAAGCACAAAGUAUUAUUACUCCUGUUAAAAACAAUCGUUCUGUUGUGUCCACUUGUUUUAAUGGUACAACGUUUUUAAACAGUCUUGUUAUUUAUUGGUUUUAUCUUGGGGGGAAUCCAGCCGAACAGUGAGGAGACCACGCCAACGUGGUACGUACAGUAAUGUGUGGGGGUUAAGGCAGCUUUGUCACCUCUCAAUCCUCGUAUUCUUGCAUGGUGUGUGAGGACCGCACGGCGCACGAUGGAAGGAGCACUUCAGACGGUCUCGUUCCUCACACAGACGAAUGCUUAGACGCCUUUAAGGAUGGAUUAAGCUGACAAAGCUGACGCUGCGGCCGAGCAGCGUGUCUACGUUCGCGAAAUUUCUCACGUUGCAGGGUCUUUUUUGCCCACUGGCACUUAUUGGCAGUGUGAACACUAAAGAUGGAGACUUUCUUUGUUUCCCGCCGAAGGGACCUCGCCAUGUUCCGCUGAGAACGUCUCCAGUGCCUCCAGUGAACCCAGUGAGAAAAGCCAUUUCAAUGAGCCCAGAGUUUAGGUAACUGACCUGUGUAUACAUAUCUGUUCACUAGCUUAUAUAUUGUGAGUUUAAAUAAAUUUCACUCAGGGCCUUUCAUUUAGUAAAAUAGAAUAAAGCAAAUCUGAACUGAAAAUGUUACCAUGAAGGAGGACAUAUUUGAUUUUCCUUGGUUGUUUUUCCUCAGGCCGUACAUAGUUUGUGUAACCAAUUCAGCAUAAUCUCAAUUUCGCCAAGAGUAAUUGAUAUCUUUUAAAGACAGGCAUGCUAACAAAAAAAAAAAAAAAGAAUAACAGAGAGAAAAAAGAAGCAAUGUCACUGCAACCCAUCAGAGCAUAUAUUAAACUGUUAAUGUUCUGUUACUGUGUUCUUGUACUGAAUGAAAACACAAACACACAAGUUGUGAUCCUAUUUUAAAUGUGCGUAUUUGCACACACUAUCCUACCUAAACCACUUCCAGACUUAUCCUAAAGGUGUUUGCAUGAUUUAAAACAAAAAAAAAAAAGUGUGUAUUUUGAGUGAAAGACAUCUAUAGAGGGGGGUGGGGGAAUUAUUUAAUUGUGCACAAUAUGCAUGCAUGUCCAACCAGCUCCCAACUGGUUUUUUAGCUAGCUCUAGUUGGCUUCGGGUUCGGGGGUUGGGGACUCUACGCUCAGCUGAUAACUGCCAUGCAUUGUACUGCACAUGUUUGUAACAUGUUUGAAAGACUACAAGAUUUCGUUGCCCUGCGGCGUCGACGCCAGCUUGUCGGAACAGCAGACAUGAAACGUCGGACUUUAUCGCAGCCAUCGAGUGACAUCGGAAAGCCAUACUGUGCAGAGGUGCUA